UCUGCUGGGAGGCGGGCGCAGCCGCGGGGGGUCCCUCCAAGAUGGCGGCGCAGAGGAGGAGCCUGCUGCAGAGUGGUGUCUGAGUGUCCAGCAGUGUGUGAUUGUCCAGGCUCGCUGACCUCUCCACUGGCCUGAGUCUGAAACUGGAAACAGCCCAGAUGCCCUUCAGUGGAUGAGAGGAUGGGCCUCUGCAUCCAUCCCAUGGAAAACUCUGCGUGAAGGGACAGAUUUGCUGCCCGUGGCACCUUGGCAGGGGGGUGGUAUUAUCUCUGAGGCAUGGUGCUGAGUGAGAGGAGCCCUUCCCAAAAGGAGCAGCAGCCGAGCUGGACAGAUGACCUCCCUCUCUGCCACCUCUCUGGGGUUGGGUCAGCUUCCAACCGCUGCUACUCUGCUGACGGCAAGGGCACUGAGAGCCACCCCCCAGAGGACAGCUGGCUCAAGUUCAGGAGUGAGAACAACUGCUUCCUGUAUGGAGUCUUUAAUGGCUAUGAUGGCAACCGAGUGACCAGCUUCGUGGCCCAGCGGCUGUCUGCGGAGCUCCUGCUGGGCCAGCUCAGUGCCGAGCAUGCUGAGGCAGAUGUGCGGCGUGUGCUGCUGCAGGCCUUCGAUGUGGUGGAGAGGAGCUUCCUGGAGUCCAUUGAUGACGCAUUGGCCGAGAAGGCAAGCCUCCAGUCUCAGCUGCCAGAGGGUGUCCCUCAGCACCAGCUGCCUCCUCAGUAUCAGAAGAUCCUCGAAAGACUCAAGGCUCUGGAGAGGGAGAUUUCGGGAGGAGCCAUGGCUGUCGUGGCGGUCCUUCUCAGCAACAAGCUCUACGUCGCCAAUGUCGGUACAAAUCGUGCCCUGUUAUGCAAAUCCACGGUGGACGGCCUGCAGGUGACACAGCUGAACGUGGACCACACCACGGAGAAUGAGGACGAGCUCUUCCGCCUCUCUCAGCUGGGUUUGGAUGCAGGAAAGAUCAAGCAGGUGGGAAUCAUCUGUGGGCAGGAGAGCACCAGGCGCAUAGGGGAUUACAAGGUCAAGUAUGGCUACACAGACAUCGACCUACUGAGCGCCGCCAAGUCGAAGCCGAUUAUCGCAGAGCCCGAAAUCCAUGGUGCACAGCCCCUGGACGGGGUGACUGGCUUCCUGGUGCUGAUGUCGGAGGGGCUCUACAAGGCUCUGGAGGCAGCCCACGGGCCUGGCCAGGCCAACCAGGAGAUUGCUGCCAUGAUCGACACUGAGUUCGCCAAGCAGACUUCCCUGGAUGCGGUGGCCCAGGCCGUGGUGGACCGGGUAAAGCGUAUCCACAGUGACACCUUUGCCAGUGGCGGCGAACGUGCCAAGUUCUGCCCGAGGCACGAGGACAUGACCCUGCUGGUGAGGAACUUUGGCUACCCUCUGGGAGAGAUGAGUCAGCCCACACCAUCCCCAGCACCAGGAGGACGUGUGUACCCCGUAUCCGUGCCGUACUCCAGCGCCCAGAGCACCAGCAAGACCAGCGUGACCCUCUCCCUCGUCAUGCCCUCCCAGGGCCAGCUGGUCAAUGGGGCCCACAGCGCUUCCACCCUGGACGAAGCCACUCCCACCCUCACCAACCAGAGCCCGACCCUGACCCUGCAGUCCACCAACACGCACACCCAGAGCAGCAGCUCCAGCUCGGACGGGGGCCUCUUCCGUUCCCGGCCUGUGCACUCGCUCCCGCCUGGUGAGGAUGGCCGUGUCGAGCCUUACGUGGACUUUGCUGAAUUUUACCGCCUCUGGAGUGUGGACCAUGGCGAGCAGAGUGUGAUGACAGCCCCGUAGCCCCGGCUGGGGGAUGUGGCCCGAGGACAAGGGGGCCUGGCUCUGGGGCCCGGUGGGCCUUUCCUGCCAUUUGCCUGUGCCGCAGGGACCAGGGAGGCCCAGCCCUCAGCCUGCACCACACACUCGCCCCACCAGACUCAGUGCUGCAGAGAACAUUCUGUCAGAGAGCACCAGUGCAGACUGGACCUUGUCCCUGCCCAGGAGCUAGAGGCCACUCCCUCAGGCAGACUCCGCCAGGAUCGUUGGUGUUUCUCAACAAACAGCAUAGGGCAGAAGCUGUGCUGGCCUGCAAGCCUGCCGAGUGGGGCGGAGUGUCAGGAGUUACGUGCUCUGCAUGCCAGGGGUCCAGGGGCUGCUGCUUCCUCAAGGCCACCACCUCCCCCGGAACAGUCUGCGGCCACUGCUUAUACCCCUGCACCCGUGAGCAGUGGGUCCCCCCUUCUUUUUUUAGCAGCCCCGCUUGGCAUUUGCACGUUUGCAGCCUGCAUCCCAUCCCUGGGCCUGCCCAGCUCAUUUCCAGUGUUAAAUGCUCAGGAAGACCAAGAGAAGCGUCGGGAGCCUGGGAUGGCUACACAGGGACAGGUCAAGUGAAAAGGAACGAAAGGAGAUUGGUCCAAGAGGAGCACUGAUCUUGGAGUCCACCAGAGUGGCGGUGGGGAUAGGCUGGGCGUGGCUGAGCUUCCCCCAGACACGGGGGUGCAGGAGAGGCGAGGAUGUGCCCAGACGGAGCAGGGAUAGUGGCCGCUGUUGUCAGGCCCCUCCAGGAACAAGGAGGCCCUGAGUCAGGGUGAGCCAGUCCUGCUUUGCUUUUCCCUUAACCGCCACUGAGGAAGGCCACAGGCUGGGGAGCCGCCUUACCCACCGCCAAGGAGUCCACCGGCUUUAAGGAACAAACCGGUCAUAGUCGGGCCUGGGGGCUCAUUUGAAAGAACGGUGGGAAAGAGGUUCUUGGAUACUGGGUGGCGACCGAGGACUUCAGAGACCCACCCCACUUCCACAGACACUUAGGGACGGGAUCAGACCAGCCCAGGCUGUGCGACCACUUCACACGUUCUCUGCCUUUGGUGAGCAGAGGCUGUGACCAGGGCUGCUGGCAGGGAGUGCCGGUCCUGCUGGCAGGAGGCAGGCAGGCCCAGGAGACUCCCAGCUCGCGGGGCUCCCAGGGUGUGGGGGAGCAGAAGUCAGGCCUUGCUGUCAGUCUCUGAGGCCGCCCUGGAGCUCCCUGCCCUCCCCAGCUGCAGGCUCCUGCGCGGUGACACCCCAGACACAGCUGCCAAGCAGGAGGCACAUGCGGCCCCCAGGGAGCCUGAACUCUGGACGGUGAGAAGCCAGUACCGCGGCCCAGCAGGGCCCCUGUGGUGCAUUUGGGGGCGGGAGGCUCUGACUCCCUCCACCUCGAAGCCGUCUCUGUUCCGCAGGUGAGCAGAUUUCAAGUCCGUCACAAGGACUUGCGAACAAAGAGAAUUCUCUUCCAAGAAUGUCUCUGUGAUGCUGUUUGGUCUCUAGAAAUAGAAUCACUUUUCUACCACAAUAAAGAAAGCAUAAUAGGUGGUCUUACA